CCGAGAGGGGUUUAGGGGUUUGAGAGAUCGAGGAGAACGACAGGAAUGGCUGAAGCGAACAAAACCAGGGCGACAUCGAGAGGCCAGGCAGCAGUGCAAGCCUUCACGGACAAUUGGCAGCUUUGUGCGCAAUUGGUGAUCUUUCGAUACUGCGGAAAUUUUCCUGUGUCUUUCUGAAGCUGCCGGUGAGACUAUCAAAAGCGGUGACCGGCGGUGAAGACAAGAUUCAGAGGCUGGCAGGAUGACAGAGAAGGAGAUGAUGAUAGAUGUUGGAGCUGCUGCCGAAUCUGUGGGGACUUCCAGUGAUGCGCCACUCUACGCAAUUGAGAGUCUUUGCAUGCGCUGCAGAGAGAAUGGGACGACUCGAUUUUUAUUAACCAAAAUUCCUCACUUUCGGGAGGUCGUUCUAAUGGCUUUUGAGUGCCCUCAUUGCAGUGAAAGGAACAACGAAAUACAGUUUGCUGGAAAGCUUGCCCCGCAAGGCUGUACGUACACUUUGAACGUUCCCACGGGAGACAAGACGGUUCUCAAUCGUCAAGUAGUCAAGUCAGAUUCCGGCACUAUCAAGAUCCCUGAACUUGAAUUUGAAGUACCUCCUGAUGCUCAACGCGGAACUUUAUCAACGGUCGAGGGAGUUCUCAUGAGGGCUGCAGAAGAGUUAGCUGCAUUGCAAGAAGAACGUCGGAGGGUUGAUCCUAAGAUGGCAGAAGCUCUAGACGCGUUCUUGGUGAAGUUGAAGGAAUGUUCAACGGGUAAUCAGGCUUUCACCUUCAUUAUCGAUGAUCCAUCAGGCAACAGCUUCAUCGAAAAUCCUUACGCACCAUCUCGGGAUCCACUGUUGUCAACACAUUAUUAUGAUCGAACCAGUGAGCAGCAAGAACAGUUAGGGUUUCUUUCUGAGAAGAACGGGGAUGAAGCAUCGGCAGCCCAGACCGAAGGGCCCGUCAUAGUCGGAACCACCAACGGAAAUGAACACUCUACAGAGGAGAAACAAAGAUACACACCUGCAGGGACAACAAAAUUACCACAUGGCUCUGUGGGGGCAGAACGGGCCCAUAGAGCAAUUGCAGAGGGUAGCAGUGCAGAAAUAGCCGCAACUCUUUUUAAGUACUCUGCUCCCGAGGAGGUCAUGACCUUCCCAGCAACAUGUGGAGCUUGUAUUUCCCCUUGUGAAACAAGAAUGUAUGUCACAAACAUACCUUAUUUCAAGGAGGUAAUCGUCAUGGCAUCGACUUGUGAAAGCUGUGGGUACCGAAACUCUGAGCUUAAACCAGGUGGAAGCAUACCCAAGAAAGGCAAGAAGAUCACUUUACAGGUUAAGAGUAAGAGGGACCUUAGUCGCGAUGUUAUCAAGUCAGAUUCAGCUAUGGUAAUUGUACCUGAAGUAGAGUUGGAACUUUCGCCAGGGACUCUGGGGGGUCUAGUGACAACAGUAGAAGGUUUAAUCUGUCAGAUCAGUGAAAGCUUGAAACGAGUGCAUGGAUUCAGUAUCGGAGACAGCGCUGACCCUUGGCGAAAGAAUAAAUGGCAAGAUUUCGACAACCACUUGAAGAAGCUGUUGGAAUGUGAAGAGGAAUGGUCAUUAGUACUUGAUGAUGCUCUCGCGAAUUCUUUCAUUGCACCGGCUACAGACGACUUCGAGGCAGAUACACAGUUGAUCAGCGAGGACUAUGAGAGAUCGUGGGACCAGGAUGAGGAACUCGGUCUCCAUGAUAUGGAUACGACAGUCGCAGACGUGGCCUAUGAGAAAGGAGACCAGGCGUCAGCAAGCACAUAGAUUCAGAAUGGCUUCUUGAGUAUAGUACCCCUAUUGGAUCCCACUUUUGGUUAACUCGUAGUCGAGGCUGCAGAGCAUAGCGACAUGAGCCGUGGAGAGUGGCGGAAUAGUUCCUUAUUCGUGGCAGAUAUAUGGAAAUACUGAUAUGCAACAAACGCUUCUGCUUAGAUUCCACCUCGGGCGUCACUUCUAAAUGCCACAUCUGGGGUAACAUUGUCCGUGCUGGGAUACAUAGAUCAUCAGGAAUAAAAUUGCAUUCUUUCUCGUCGUCUU